AGUUUUUGACAGCCGGGCGCGGAUUUUAUAAACACAACUAUCAUUGCGUCUGAAGUCGAAGUUAUUUAUCUUGCUGUUUUUGUAUAUCAAAUUGUCUCGUGUUAUUUUUCUAUUUCCUCGGUGUCUCAUUCAUCGGAAGUGAAGUUAUUCAACCAGUGGCAAGGUUUAAGCUCUUUGAAAAACUUUCUGAGAGCUGAUACAAUAUCUUGAGCUAGCCCCGUCAACAAACAUGCUAACACAGUGGAGGGAGAGCAGCAUUCUCGCUGCCUGGAGGGUCGGCAGCUGUAUGUGAGAGCAACCAGGCAUGCUAUUGGUGCGUCUCCUUGGGCGAUCUUCUCUUCGAUCGGGUCUACCUCGGGUAAAAGCGCAGCUCAGGCACUUCUGUGGUGUGCAGAUUCGUCUGUGUCCGGACACGCGACAGGAGGCAGACAUGAUCCGGAGCCGGACUCAAAUCAAGCGGGUCCUUUGCGUAGCUGAGAAGAACGAUGCAGCCAAAGGCAUCUCCGAAAUCAUGUCCAGCGGCAGAGCCAGGAGGAGGGAAGGAAUGUCAAAGUUUAAUAAGAUUUACGAGUAUGACUAUCACCUGUUUGGCCAGAAUGUGUCUGUAGCGAUGACUUCAGUGUCAGGCCACUUACUAGGUUUGGAAUUUAAAGCACCUUUCCAGAAAUGGCACAGUUGCAAUCCUGUGUUGUUGUUUGAUGCAGAGGUAGAGAAAUACUGUCCAGAUAACAUGAUACAAAUCAAGCGGACACUAGAGAAGGAGGUGAGGCAAUGCCAGGCCUUGGUUAUCUGGACAGAUUGUGAUAGGGAGGGAGAAAACAUCGGGUUUGAGAUUAUCGAUGUUUGCAAAGCAGUGAAGCCCAAUGUACAAGUCUUCCGGGCAAAGUUUUCUGAGAUCACCCCUGCCUCAAUUCGGAGAGCUUGUGAGACUCUAACUGAGCCUGAUGCUAACAUCAGUGAUGCUGUUGACGUCCGUCAGGAGCUGGAUUUACGGAUAGGAGCAUCCUUCACUCGAUUCCAGACCCUUCGUCUGCAGAAGAUCUUCCCAGAGUCGCUGGCCAAUCAGCUGAUCUCAUACGGCAGCUGUCAGUUUCCCACUCUGGGCUUUGUUGUGGAGCGCUUCAAAGCCAUUCAGGCUUUUAUUCCUGAGACUUUCUAUAAGAUCAAAGUGAUCCAUGAGGUGGAAGAGGACACUGUGGAGUUCACCUGGAAAAGAAACCGUUUCUUUAAUCACACGGCUUGCCUGGUGCUCUACCAGAUCUGCAUGGAGGAUCCCAUAGCAACUGUCACCUCAGUAACUAGCAAACCUAAGAGCAAAUGGAGACCGCUGCCUUUGGACACUGUGGAACUGGAGAAACUGGCAUCUCGAAAGCUCAGAAUAAAUGCCAAAGAGACCAUGAAAAUAGCUGAAAAACUCUAUACACAAGGGUUCAUCAGCUAUCCCCGCACAGAGACGAACAUUUUUCCUGCAAACCUGGCCCUCGGCCCCCUGGUGGAGCAGCAGACGCAGAGCCCAGUGUGGGGGACGUUCGCCCAGCGGGUGAUCGAGCAGCCAGGGGGUCCCAACCCGCGGCAAGGCAAGAACUCGGACCAAGCCCACCCCCCCAUUCACCCCACCAAAUACACCAACACGCUGCAGGGCAACGAAGGACGUGUAUACGAGUUCAUUGUUCGGCACUUCCUGGCUUGUGUAUCCCAGGAUGCUGUGGGCCAGGAGACAGUGGUGGACAUAGACAUCGCUCAGGAGAAGUUUUCCACCUCAGGACUCAUGAUAAUUGCAAGGAAUUAUCUCGAUGUUUACCCGUAUGAGAGGUGGAGCACAAAGGUGAUCCCAGUAUAUGAACAUGGCUCCCAGUUUCAGCCCUCUGCUAUAGAGAUGGUUGAUGGGCAGACAAGUCCACCACAGCUUCUUACAGAAGCCGACCUCAUAUCUCUCAUGGAGAAGCAUGGCAUUGGCACAGAUGCCACUCACGCAGACCACAUUGAGACUAUUAAGAGCCGCAUGUAUGUGGGUUUGACUGCAGACCAGAGGUUUCUCCCUGGAGAGCUCGGCAUGGGACUAGUGGAGGGUUACAACUCCAUGGGUUACGAGAUGUCAAAACCAAACCUUCGUGCCGAGCUGGAAGCAGACCUGAAGCUGGUGUCAGAGGGCAGGAAGGACAAACAGAGCGUCCUUCAGCACCACAUCCAGAAAUACAAAACUGUCUUCAUUGAAUCUGUGAAGAAGGCAAAAAAGUUAGAUGAAGCCCUGACGCCGUAUCUGGGAGCUGCUCUGGAGAUAACUGAAGCAGAUCAGCAGGAGAUGGAGAUCCCACUGCCGGUCAGGAAGUGUCCUAACUGUGGUCGGGACAUGGUGCUGAAGAAGAGGAGAGAGGGAAAUGGUAAGUACCUGUCAUGUACGGGCUAUCCAGCCUGUAAGACAGCAGUGUGGUUCCCAGACAUGGUGCUGGAGGUCAGCAGGGAUGAAAGCAUAUGUCCCACAUGUCAGCCCAGCCCUAUUCACAUGUUGAAGUUUAAGUUCCGUAGAGGUAGCCUACCUCCCAUGAUGCCACUGGAAUUUGUUGGCUGCAUUGGUGGCUGUGAUGACACGCUCAGAGAGAUUCUGGACUUGAAAUACCUCAGAGGAGGGGGAGGAGGGGAAGCAGGGGGAGGUGGUGGGGGAGGAGGAGGAAGAGGAGAUGACCCUCGCCCACCAGCUCCUAGGCCUGCUAGACCACUGCCACCUAGAGCCCUGAGUUCUAAUCCAUUGUCUUCCCUUCCUUCUGUCCCUUCCUGGACCCCGCAGCCGAGAUCUCCCUCAGGUGGCAACAGUGUCCGUGUCGAGAGCAACAGUGAUGUGAUUGUGUGCAACUGUGGUCAGGAUGCACUCCUCCUCACAGUACGCAAAGACGGACCCAACCAAGGUCGCCAAUUCUACAAGUGCAACUCUGGGAGCUGCAACUUCUUUCUGUGGGCAGAUCAACCGAGUCAGCAGGGGGCGCCGCAGAGUCGAGAGCCUCCGCUGACAGCUCAGAGGACCAGCCAACCUCCAAGGCCGUCACUGGGGUUCAGAAACACAUCCAGAGGGGGCAGAGGGCAAGAAUUGGGCACGUCGAGACAUUUAGGACAGACAAUGUGCAACUGCAGCGAGACUGCUGUGACCCGCACGGUGCAGAAGGAUGGACCAAACAAGGGCCGCAUGUUUCACACUUGUGGGAAACCAAGAGAGCAGCAAUGUGGCUUCUUCCUUUGGGCCGACGAGAAUGUACCCCCACAAGGAGGCGGAGGUGGAGAUGGCGGGAAGGGCGGGAGGAAGACGAUGGGAGAUGCUAACAGACCCCCUGCUGCUAAAAAACCCCGCACCUGCGGCAUCUGCCACAUGCCAGGACACACCCGAGUCAGCUGUCCUCAGCGAUGACGGCUGCCUGGGGUUGAGGAUGCCCCGGAGCUCUGUGGAGUGACUAAACUUACCAAAUUUCGUUUUCAACUAGCUGUAAUCAUAAGUGCCUCUUGUAGGAAGUGGAAGUCUUCUUCAGCUUUGAGUGGAAGACCUGAUGUUCCUUUCACUGUGUGCCACAUGCUGGCAAGAGGGAUCAAAAUUAAACUUUUUUGUGUGUUGCUUAAGACCAGAAUGUGCAACUUUCCUUUAUGUUUUUAUUCUGCUCUUAUCUCUCAGCUGUUCUCAGAUCUGCAGAAGACCUGUUCAGAAUGUAUGGCUCAUUUUAUCUCCUGGAUGGAAAGACACCUGUCAUUUUAUGGGGAAAUGGACUAUUUGUGACUAUGUUGCACCUCCAAAGCUCAUCUUUAUUUGUGAAAGGGAAAUCUUAGCAGGACUGUAAAGCAUACUUUUUGUAAUGUCAGGAUGCUUGUUUGAAAUUUUUUGCAGCAUGACUAAAGAGGCACCGGUUUACUACUUUCUCACUGCUGGGGAAAACAAUCUGAGCACCAGAGGAGAUGCAGCAGCACAUCACACACUGAUGUUUUACUUUUAAGACUUGUAGGUGUUCGUAACCACAGUAAACUGAGCACACGUUAAUUAAUUGGAAAUUUGCUUUGCUGACCUUGGAUCAGAUUUUUCCAUCAUUUAUGGAGUCUGUGUAUCCACAGUCCUUGACUGAGGUCAUUUGGAAGGAAAUGUUGCUACUGGAGCAAUGCUGUCUUUCAUAAAUACACAUGCCUUUAAAAGUAUUUAGCACUAAUUUCAUUAUUAAUAGUAUGUUUUGACAUGCUAAGUGUUAUCUUUUUGGAUAUGUCAGUAAUUUUUCAGUGUCUUUAACGGUAGCCGGGUAUUUAAAAUGUUGAUGAGUGAAGGGGAAAAAGAACAAAGGUGUGUUUUAAUUCUGUAAACGUAAUGGGUGCAAAAAGAAAGAAGCAUUUUCUGUUUUUUCUUUAGGAAUUCUGAAGGAAUGUCAGCUCCUCAAUUUUUAACGUCAAUUCUGAUUAACGCUAAUAAACUUUAUGCUUUAUCCCUGCAGAUUUCUAUUUUCAGUCUGGUCAGAAGUUUACGUUUCAUUCUGAGCCAAGUGGUGGUUUUCUCUUUUGUCCUGUUGGUUUUAUUUUGAGUCCUUGCUUUUUUUUUUACCCUUAUUCCUUGUUUCAUCUUGACUCAGUUAGUUUUGCUUUUGGUUUUGAGUAUUGAGCAGGUUAUGUUGGGGAAAUGCCCAAACUUAUAACUGUUAAGUCAUAUUAGGCCAGAGCAUGACUGCAUCUCCUGUCUUGUCCUUUAAUUAAAUAAAUA